AUGACGGCGCCGGGCAGCGCGCGGAGGCCGCGCAGUGCCAAGCCCAUGCAUGAGAAAGCAGCUCCCUUGAAGAGCCCUGAGCCCAUGCACGGCCGUGACAAGGUGGAGCCAUCCCACAAGGAGAAGAGUUUGGAUUCCCUCGAUGGCAGCCUCCACCUGAACGAAGCCCUGAAGGAUGAAGACAUCAAGAAAUGCCACAGGGAAGUGGCUGCUAGCAAGUACAACUCCCAGUACCACAAGCUGUUCAAGGACAUCCCCUCGGAGGAGAGCGUGCUGAAAGUCUGCUCCUGCGCGCUCCAGAGGGACAUCCUGAUCCAGGGCCGGCUUUACAUCUCCCCCAACUGGCUCUGCUUCUACGCCAACCUCUUCGGGAAGGACAUCAAGGUGGUGAUCCCAGUGGUCUCUGUGCAGCUGAUAAAGAAGCACAAGACGGCUCGGCUGCUGCCCAACGGCCUGGCCAUCACCACCACUGCCAGCAGAAAGUACAUCUUUGUGUCCCUCAUCUCCCGUGACAGUGUCUAUGAUGUCCUGAGGAGAGUCUGCACACACCUGCAGGUUUCCAGUAAGAAGAGCUUGAGCCUGAAGGAGCUGACGGAGGAGCCUGCUGCCGUGUCGCUGGAGGUGAUUGUCCCCGAGGGCAAGUGGAGGAAGGUGUCCCCUGCGUCGCUGUCGCUGUCCCUGCCGGCCGCUGAGUACCAGUGCCUGCACCGCGCCCCUGGCACCAGCCUGGGCACCAAGGAGAGCUCCUUCCCCUCCCAGGAGCCCCUGGCCUCGGAAAGUGCAAUAAACACCGAGGAGGAGCUGGAGGUGGAGCAGAGCUGUGUGGCAGAGCUGAGACCCUCAGACUACCAGCUCCUGAAGAUCUUCAUCGUGCUCAUCUGCCUCCUGGUCGUGUCCUCGUCCUACCUGGCGUUCCGCAUCUUCCGCCUGGAGCAGCAGCUCUGCUCCCUCAACAGGGACUACCUCGCCCGUGGCCACAGGAGGUGA